GUGAGUGGCAUUACAAAUCGCUGUCAAGGCACACGUCAGAGGAAGCCAACAGUUCAGGUUGAGCGAGUUUCAAACAAAAUUAUUGGUAUUUGACGACUGUUCAGAGCAUGCUGUUCCACUACACUGUUUGCUGUGUGGAAAAAUUGCCCCACUAAACAAGCCGUGCCAUUGUCUGAUGUUUGGCCGGUUUCCGGUGCAAUUCUGCCGCGGCGAGUAGCAGGUCCAAGCAAAGCUGGCUUCCUUGCGGCAGCGUGAUGGAAGCAUGAAGGCCGAGCUUGUCAAGCUGCAGAAGCAGAGCUAUGCAGCCAUCGACAAACACACAGGCACUCAGCGACUGGAAGAGGACUGCCAGGCCAGUUUGAACCAGGCACGGGACGCUGUUGCACGACACCAGCCUCAUAUGGUUGCUGCAAUGGGCAUGGCUGAGUUUGCAGGCUGGCAAGGCUUAAAAAAAGUGCUGGAAAACACUGAUGAUCCAGCCAUUGGAGAGUACAUGGGAAUGCUUAUUGACCACUUACAAGUGCCAGACUCCCUGAACAUUGCUUUGGGGGCAGCGCUUGGCAAAAGACUGUUCACUCACCUCGUGCAAAGCUGCUCGGCUGCAACAACACUCUUGCGCAAGUUCUACGCAUUGAAGACUCGAGGGUACCUUGGCUUUCAGGCGCUGGACAAGACGGCCGUGCAAGAUCGGUUACCAGAACCAAGUGGGCGCGAUGUUGGGCGCCUGCUCAACAUGGUGGAGUGCACCAACUCCGACCUGGCUCCCCUGCUGCCGCACUGGCUGGGCAAGUGGCUGCUCUGCUCGAACCUGCAGGUCGCUCAAGAGGCAAGCCGCCGGUACAAGGCCAACUGCGUCACUCUCGAAGGCGACAUAGUAAAUGCCAAAGGCGCCAUGACAGGCGGCUACCGUGAUCCCAAGAAAAAUGUGUUUGCUGUGUACCAGGAGUUUUGCAGGCUUUCUGACGUGCUUCAGUCGGCUGAAGCCGGAUUGAGCAAUAUGCAGGCUGUGUCUCGAAAUCUAGCCACUGAAGCUUCUAAGCUGCUUGGCAAGAUUCAAGAACUGCAGCUGAAUAUCAUGCAGAACACGAAUGCUAUGUCAAGCACUGAAUCAAAGCUGGCUUCUCUUCAGUCCUGCUUGUCUCAAAUUGAAGGGAGCAUCAAAGCAAAGGAGAAAGCGUUGCGCGAGCGCCAGCGUCUGGCCGACAGCUAUGCCGACCAGAGAAUGUCCCUGCUGAAAGAGCAAUCGUGUGGCCUCACAGAGCACCUCACGCCUGGUGCUGAGCAGCAGCUGUGUGACGACACGCGCAAGAUCCAGGCACUUCGCAGCAAGCUCCGGGCAGUCACCGCCGAGAAGAUGCAGCUCCUUCACAAGAAAAACGAUCAGGAAUCCUUGCUGAACAACUGCCUGUCUCCUGGUCUAGAGAGCCUGAAAAAAGAAAAGCAAACACUUGAAGACAAGAAAGCGACUCUGGAUAGGGAGCUUGAGCUGUCAAAGACGAGACUGGCUGCCUUUGAUGAAACAACAAAGGCAUUGGAAAGCCAAAUUGCAGAGCUUGAAAACAAUUCCGAUGCCACCUCUCGGAUAUAUGAACUGGAGCAAGCUGUUCAGGAAAUGUCUGAAGAGAAAGCGCGCAGUGAGGAAGACUUGCAAGCCGCAUCAAAAGAAAUGGAGAUUCUCCUAUUCAAGCGGACAAAUGCAACGACUACGCUGAACGAAAUCAAGAAGAAAGCCUGCAUGUUCGGCACCGUCUCCAAGAAUUUGAGCAGAUACCGCAACAUGGGGCAGUCCGAGCUUGACCACGAACGACAGCGCCUGCAGAGGAGGCUCGACAGGAUGAACCCACCUGACCUCCUGGCUGGCAGACUCCUUGAGGAGGCCUCGCAGAUGCUGUCUGAGGUGCGAAGGAGUCUGACAGAUGUGGACAUGACCCGUAACAGAGCUGAAGAACUGACAGGCAGUCAGAAGGAUGAGCAGUUCUGCAACGUUGAGUUUACUCUGAAACAAGUUUGCAAAUAUUUCGUGGAGUUCUUCAAAAGGUUUGUGCCUAAUGGUCGUGCAGUGGUGGUGGUCAACACUGAAAAGCCAAAUAAACGGGGAGAAGAGCAAGCUGCGAGAUGGCAGAGAUGCAAAGGCAUAGAUUUUCAGGCCUCCUUCAGUGCACGCAACAUUCUCCAGUCUGUGGAGUGCUUCUCCGGGGGCCAGCAGACCGUGCUGGCCCUGUGUUUCAUCCUGGCCCUCCAGAAAUGCGAUCCCGCACCUUUCUACAUUUUCGAUGAAGUGGACGCCUGCUUGGAUGCACAGCAUCGGCAGUGCCUCGCUGACAUCCUAGAGGAGCUGAGCUCCGAAAGCCAGUUUAUUUGCACGACCUUCAGGCCAGAGCUCGCUUUGAAAGGCAAAGUUUUCAAGGUCACCCAUCGUGAAGGAACCAGCAACGUCACAGAAACGACACGACAGGAGGCCCUACGUAUCGUCCAUGCUGCACAAUAAUUUUGAGAUUCACCUCAAAGCGUGAACUUCACAGUUGCAUUCUAGUCAUUGUUGCUUGUACUUGUUGAUUUGUCACCUCUACUCUCCCUUUAACUGU